ACAAUCAUACAUGCAUUAAUUAGUAAAUUGUUUAUUUAUAACCAGUAAUCCAGUGACUAAGAUUGUGAGCAUCCUGUACCCUUUUAACUAAAUACAAUUGGCAAUGAAAUAUAUGACGAUAUGUUGAGACAAAUGUUUAUUGUAUCCUAUUCAUCGUCGAUUUUAAACUUCUUUUUUUUAAGAUUUGUCCUAAAAUUUUUGCACUUGAGCAAUCACACAAAACAGUAUUGCUUCCCAUUCUCGGGAAAUAAGGAUAGCAAAAUAUUGUGGUAGAUAAAAAUACCUAAUUUACAAUAUAUUUGCUUUAGAGAAUAUUACUCAUUUAUUUUGAUUUUAAAAGCUGGACAUUGAGCGCGCACUACAAUUGGAAGAAAAACGGCUUUCGCCCAUCCAGAAACUAUAAUGAAAUUGUAUUUUAUUUUAAGUCUAAUAUCUAGUGGAUUAUGUCAUAAGCAAAAAGUUAAUUUGGUCACAAAAAUCCAAUCCUGCAGUUGAUAAAAUCGUGCUGAUAAAAGCUGCUAUGAAAUGCACAAUUUGUGCAUUAGAGGCCGAUAAAUUCGUUUUUUCCACAUUUGUGGAUUUGUUACGUAAUCGUAUUCAUGAUGCGUUAUAAUAAUUGUUUGUUGUGUGUCAACAUUAUUUUACCGUCUACAGCAACAUAGGAGAAAGUUUUCAGUGUCUUUUCAGUGUCUUGUAAUCUUUCAAUUUAUAUAUAUAUAUAUAUAAAUUGAUUGUGAUUGUGAGAUAUAUAUAUAUAUAUCACAAUCAUUAAUUUUACAUCGUUUAGAAUCUAGACAAAUGGUUGUGAGGAUAAACCCAUUUAAAAAAAAAAAAACAUUUUAUUGAAGAUGUAGUUUUACUACACCGUUAAAAUAUUUUGUGCUCUCACUGAAGCUUGUUUUCUGAAACAAAACAUAGACAUUACAUACUAAACAUAUUUAUUAAUAUUACAUAUUUGACCAAAACAAAAUUUGACCUACAAAGUUUGCUAUUUUACUAGAAUCUGUUAUGUUUUUCUAAUAUAAAAUAUAGCCUAAAUUAAUUUGUCAAAAAAAAUAUAUAUAUAUAAUAAAGCAUUGUGCUAUUGCUGCAGAAUCUAUAAUAAAAAUAAAAACUAUGUUUAUUGUAGUUAUAAUAAAAUAGUGGGUGCGAAUAAAUUCAGUUUAUAUUAGCCAACUGUGAAUAUAUACAUGGGGUCCAUUUAAAUAUUCGUGUUGCCAAUUUUAGACUCUUAUCAUAAGUGUUUUCUUUUUUUUUUUUACUUUUAAUGUCAGCAAUUACAAUUAGUUCUUUUUUUAUAUAUAUAUAUUUGUUAACAAUAUCAAUUGCACAAAAAAACCAGUGUAACAUGCAUGCUGACCUAAUAAAUAAAGACAUUGCUAAAUUAGUUUAGUUCACCUUGACUAUAUAUAUAUAUAUAUAUAUUUAAAUCUUCAAAUCUUCAAGAUUAAUACGAUUGUCUUCUUGGCUUCCAAACAUCCCAAAUAAAAUGGUAUAGUCUUGACUUUAAAAAAGGUGAAAUCCCAAUGUUCUGGGAUGGAAGCUUGAUGAAGCACUUGAAGUAAGCAGUUCUGCAAGGGGAGGAGCUUGCCCGUGAACCCCAGUCUCUAUUGAGCUGGCAUGCAGCAGAAGGAGACGUACGUGCGCCAUAUUCGUUCAAAAGCCAAUAGUAAGGGACACUGUUGCAUUUGCCCAAAAUAUGCUCCAGCAAUGUCAUGCUCCGAAAAAUUCUCUGCGGUGAAAAAUCACACUGUCUGAGGGGAAAUCUUUCGAUAGUCCGAUAGUCCAGGUCUAAAGGAUCCUCUGCGUGAGGCGUACGGAGGCUCACGUCCUAAUCUGGACUGCCAGAUCCAAAAUAGCGGGACCAACCCAGUGUAUGCGCUUCAGACAGUAACACAGACUCAGACAUCCCCGGUUGAGUAAGCCAUGGCUCUGCCGAGUCACCAGUUUCUCCAUGGAGUUGUGAACUGGGAUGGAGAGCACUUGAGUCCCGUCCAGGUUCCUCAUGGCAGCGCGUGCCUCAUCAGCUCUUCAAAUCGAAAAGAGGACCCCUUCUAUUUUUCUGUGGACCCGACAGGGCAAGCCAGUCUCGGCAUCUCCGCCUUCAGGAGAUUGAUGACAGAUAUGGGCUCUCUGAACGGUACUGAAGACCAUCGUCCAGAAGCUUCUAUUUACUCCAGACACAAACUCCUAUCACUCAAUACCGACACGGAUCCAGAGAGCCCGUCGCACUCUUCCCACUCAGACUCCCAACAGUUGCACAGUCUGUCUUUCUCCGCGCCUUCCUGUUCAGAAACGGACAGUAAACCCGAAACGCAUUGUUUAACGCUGGAAAGCACUAAAUACCCAAGCCAGUGGAGUGGAAGCAGAACCAACGGGAGCAUCAUUACCACACUGAGCAUCAGUCAGAGAAGCAGAGACGACACAGAGCCAAGCACUCUCCAGACAGACGAGAAAACUCACAGAGAGAGAACGCAAGACGUGACUUUAGAAAACGCUGCAAACGGCUGGCUUUGGGCGAAAGCAGGGAGGAAGAAGCGAUGUCCUUACAGCAAACACCAAAUCUUAGAGCUGGAAAAAGAAUUCCUAUUCAACAUGUACCUGACUCGCGAGCGCCGCCUGGAGAUCAGCCGGAGCAUACAUCUCACCGACCGCCAGGUUAAGAUUUGGUUUCAGAAUCGCAGGAUGAAACUGAAAAGAAUGACUCAAGAGCACCAGACAAGGGACCCUUGCACAAAUUUCACUGUCUAGUUUGUUUUGUAAGACGGUUAAAAAGAGCGAGCUCAGCGCACAAAUCACUGCUGUUAUCAUCAGUUGCGAGUGGAUUGAUGCAACUGCUUCUUCUGAUGGAAUAACGGGAGGAAGCGAUCAGUCACAUCUUACCACGGUGUUUCACAAUAUGUGCUCUGUAAGGAAAGUGUAAGAGAGAUCAAUUUAAAACCAUGCAUGAAGAUGAACAGAAAAAUGUAAUGAAAUAAGAAGACAAGUCUUUUGCUAUUUGAUGCAAGCUUGUCAUAUUUACACAGGCCCAUGAACACUGUUUAUUGUUGUCUUUUUUUUAAUUUAUUUAUUUUUAUACAGGUUAUGAGUUUAAAAAAGCGGUUCUUUGUUUUAAUUUCAUUUUUUAGACAGGGCAUUUGAUAUUUUAGGUAGGCUGAAUAUUCGCGGACACUCCCGAGUAAAGAAAUAAAUAAAGUCCUAAAAGGAAAUCCAUUAUCAGAGGAGUUACAUCGAUCAAAGGUACUGUUGUUUUGUUUCAAAUGUUGUUUGUUGUAUCGUUAUAUUGGUUCGAGUGAAAAGGCACAGAUUUUCUUCUUAUGCUGAAGCAUGGUCGAAUGUAUAACUUAAACUAUUAUUCUUAAAAAUUCUGUUUUGAAAAGCAGUGCAUCAUGAAACAAAAUUUUGCACUACGUGACCAUAAAACGUUUAGUUUGUGUAUUAAGUAUAUUUGGUGGUCACUUUGAAAAUUACUUUGUCUCCAGUGCUGUAAUUUAGUAUUGCGACAACGCAUUUUGAAAACUAAGUAGAGCUAUAAAGGUAAAAUGUAAAGGUGUAAUACAAGCUUUACAUUCUAAAUUAGGCCUACUUUUUUAUUUUUAUUUUAUAGAAUUCAAGAAUUCAACUCAUGACACCAUAUAGCUUGGGGAGACAAAUAAUCUGGCAUGAAGCUUUCUUUAAUCUUAUAAUUAAAGGAGAAGGCAUUUGUCAAUUGUAUAAAUUACAAAACUUUAAUUAUUAGCAGAUUGUGAACAAAUUAUUUUAUUAUUAGAUAUAUUAACAGAUUUUGGCUACUUGAUUUUGGGUGUAGAAUAGAUUGUAUAAGAAAAAUAUAUUUGAGUUUAAUUUGAGGAAAACCUUUUGAAAUUCAGUUUGAUACGACGAUGUGGAGUCGUUAUUUUAACAAUAAGUUCAAAAUAAAAUAAAAUAUAUUAUUACUUUUUUUAUUCAUUUUAUUUUGGCUAUCUAAUUUUACCCAGACAUAUAUAUAAAAAAAACAUAUAGCGUAAGUGCAUCACAAAUUAUACUAUCUUUUGGAUCAGUUUCUUGUACAUUCAAAAUGGAGAUCCGAUUUUAAUUUUAUAAAUUAAGGUGAAGUUAUAUUUAACCAUCUGGAUUCAUUUUACGUCCUGCUUUCGUUUGCAUUAUCUCAAAUAUCUCAUGGUUGCAUUAAUAGACCUAUAUUUGAAUGGCCGAAAAAUAUUUUGAGCGUAGUUGGGUUGAGAAUAGGCUACUUUUUAAAUAUGUGCACUAAGAAGUGUUAACCGGAUAUAAUGGUAAAGGUAUGUGAACUUUAAAUAUGGAUGUUUGAAACAUUGUUAUUUUGAAUUGUGAAGGACGUUUAUUAUUACAUUUGUAUUGUGUUAUGAGAUGUGCUAUAUUUUUGUACGUUUCAAUUAAGUGAAGAUAAAAUGUAUCAGUUGUU